GCUCUGUGGCCUCCCACCUUAUUCUGCGGCAGAAGAUUUCAAAUGACCAGAAGAGCGAGCUGGCCAUUCCAAAGGCGGAAUCAAAGCUGAGAGUAACUGGCUCCCAUCCAGCUGUACUAGAGUCUGGAGAACUCAUUGCACAUGGAUGGGGUUCGCCUAAGAUCAUUAGCCACAUCUGGCUGAGACUUUGAAAUUUCCUCUGCCAGUUGACCGCUUAUCUGGACAUGCAUUCCGGGACGUUGCGCUUCACGAUACUCACGGGGCGCUAGUGGAUGCAGCUGGAGAUCUACAUCAAUGGGGAGAUGCUGUUGGUGACACACCUAGAUGCACACUGAAGGGCGAAGAUUUAAUGCAUUUAUCUAUUUCGCCUUCAAACAUAUUCGCUCUCUCCCGUUCUGGUCGAAUUUUCUCCUUGCCAUCUGACGGUUCCGUUCCCGUGGCUCAAACGAGCACAUACUGGAUACUGAAUUGGUCUCCAUCGCCAUAUCAGCUCACCUCUGAUGCCAAGCUCCACUCGGGAGAAAAAUUCACGUCCAUCUCCGCUGGCAAUAAUCAUCUCCUUGCCGUCACUUCCGCCGGGCGUACGUUUACCCAUCCCAUAACUCUCAAUGCAAACUCCCAUGGACAGCUGGGAACGCGUAAAAUACACGUCGAGACCGUCGGUGGCUCGUCUCCAAGAGAGCAGGUUGAGCUUAUCCCUAAAUUACAGGAAGACCCAUUCUCAAAUGAUACCCCUUUCGCUCGUCCUAAAUCCCCCGACACUCCUGUUGGGCCUGAGAAACGUCCUUCGCGACUGUUGUACGAAAUUCCUUCGCUGAGAGGGAUCAAUGUUGCACAAGCAGUUGCAGGUGGAAGAAGUAGUUAUGUACGCACGAAAGAUGGUCGCGUCUUAUCGUGGGGGGCGAAUGAGUAUGGGCAGCUGGGUUUGGGAGCACUUGUUACACUUCCUUGUGUAUUUGUCCCAACAGAGAUUUCUUUAGCUCGGACAUACUCUUCGGGCACUUCUAUCAAAUGCACCGAUCUCGCAGCUGGAGGCGAUGCGGCAUACUUUACGGUCGAAAGCAGUUCUCUUCAGCUUCCUGUUCCGGCUGUGGACGUCUUUGCCUGCGGAAUGGGACAAUGGGGUGCACUGGGAAAUGGGUCCUUCUCCCAAGCACAGAGCACACCAGUCAAAGUUAAGGUAAUCAGUGGAAAUGCAAUGCAUAACGAAACAGAAGGCCGAACGCAAGCUAUCCGCCCUAUAACGAUAACCGCUUCACCCACGGGUGGCCACACGCUCACCCUCCUUUCUGGCGCACAUGACGUCCUCGCGUGGGGAGCCAACGGAUCUUACCAGCUCGGCAACGGUAAACGGUCAAACCUUCCCCAGCCGACAUACAUGCGUGACUUUAUGGUGACCUACAACCCUACUUCGGAUCCAAACGAGGCAGCAGCGGAGUAUGGAUUGAUCCCAGAGAGGAUGUCGCUGAGGGUGUGUAUAGUAAAACAGUUGCUCGAUAUGAAGGGGACGAGCCAUGGGAGGAACGUGAAGGUGCAGGAAUGGCCGGUUGCAGGAGGAAAAGCCAGCUUAAUCUAUUGGCGUAUUGCCAAUCCUUAAUCCUUUUGAUCGCGCAUUUUGUUCCUGCUUACUACAUGAAAAAAAAUUGCCCCCUCUGUGGAUCGAACACAGG